UGACACAGCUGGUGCAACCUGUAAUAGCAGUGAGGGCUGUUGCCAUAACAACUGCAAAGUAUCGAGCCUCGAGCAGUUUGUGUGGUAAGUCUGAGUGAAAUGUUCUAGUUCUUGAUUUUGAACACAAUACACAUUUGUACUGUACUGUAUGACAAUGUGUCCACGAUAAAAUACCAAUGGAUCACAAUCAUGUGUGAAUGUCUUUGUAAAUUUGAGUGUUUGAGUUCACAAAUGUUCAUUUACAUGUCUGGUUAUCUAUCUUUAAGCAUCUUUAUCUGAUAUAAAUCUAACACACCUUUGACUAAACUUGCUUUGAAAAGUGAAUUUCCCACUUGUAGUCAUGUACUUUCCAAUAACAGUAAACAUGUCCUUCUAGUUUUCUACCAGCCCAUUUAGCUAUAAGCUCUUCGUGCCAUUAGAAACUCAUUGUGGAAUGUGAUUUUUCUUCAUUCUGGCGUGCUUUCCCAUAAAUCGAGUUGUAGCUCUACUUCGUCCUUCCCACUGAGUGAUGCUAUCUAAUACCUGCAGUCAUUCUCGUAAACAAGAGUUCUCCUCUCAUCUAUAAAACAGAGCCACACUCGGAGGAAUGUCAAUUUCACGCUCUCUCAUGCAACGCAACACAGCGCAACAUGUGGCUCCGUCUCCUCAGCUUGGUGCUAUGGGCAGCGCUUGUCCAGGUCUCCCAGACGAAUGUGAAGAUCUCUCCGCGUAACGCCUUUAUGGAUGGGGAUGUUAUCAUAGGGAUCCUCAGCUCUGUUCACUCCACAGUCGAUAACCUCCAGGGCCGUGUUCGACCAGAGGAGUUCACCUGCAGCAAUUUUGACCAGAUUUCCUUCGUCCGAAUGCUGGCUGCCAUCUACACUAUUGACACCAUAAACGAAGCUAAUUUUCUUCCUGGUGUUCGGCUGGGAUAUGCCGUUUAUGACCCAUGUGCUGACGCCACCAAAGCUCUCCACUCUGUGGAACAGAUGCUGUCAACCAACGGCUCUUUGCCUGUCAUGGAUGAUUACUCUGAGUUCCGACCACAAGUUAAGGUUAUCUUAGGGGCACGAUACUCUCUGUUGACCAUCCCUGUGGCCAAACUUCUCAGCGUCUAUCUCUUCCCUCAAAUAAGCACCACAUCCUCCGCGGUUGUUCUGAGCGAUAAGCUGAAGUUCCCGGGGUUUUUCCGAGUGAUCCCCAGUGAUGUGUACCAGACAGAGGCCUUGGUGCAGCUCAUAAGACACUUUAAAUGGAACUGGGUUGGUCUGGUCUCUAUGGAUGAUGACUACGGUAGGGGAGUCCACCAAAGUUUCCUGAAGGAUGCAGAGGAGGCUGGGGUGUGUGUGGCCUAUGAGGAGGUCGUUCCACACUAUCUGGGCCACGCGGAGAGUAAGAAACGAAUCAAGGAGGUGGCCAGGAAGAUACAGCUCUCUGAUGCACAGGUGGUGAUGGUGAUCCUCCGACCAGAGCUGGUGGAGAUGCUGUUUGAGGAGAUGAUCCGCUCCAAUACCACUCGAGUUUGGAUCGCCAGUGAUGUUUGGUCCAGGUCUACAGAUGUGGCAAAAAUGAAGGACAUCAACAAGGUUGGAGACAUUCUUGGGUUCAGUUUCAUCUCAGGAAAAAUCACUGGGUUUGAGCAAUACUUACAGAACCUACCAAUUGGGCCAGGUGUGAGAAAUGAUUUCAUCGUAGAGUACAAGCAGAAAGACUGCCCUGCUGAUUCCCCAGAGGUUUGCAGUAAGCCCAACGCUGACUAUCUGGUGAAGAACACAGACCUCCCAGUGGUCUAUGGAGAGUGGGUGGCUAUUUGGAGCAUAGCUCAUGCUCUGCAAGAACUACUUGGAUGCAAUGAAACAUUCUGUCCAGGAGAUACUCAUUUCCCUCCAUUUGAGCUUCUUGACAAGCUCCACAAGGUGAAUUGUACCCUUGAUGGUAAGAGACACUUCUUCAAUAAAGAUGGUGACUUUGAAGACGGCUAUGACGUCAUCAUGUGGGUGCCAGACGGUGAGCACAGACGUGCUGAAGUGAAAGGGAGCUUCACCAUACAGCCAAGAGAAGUGGUGGUCAAUAGUCAUGACAUCAUAUGGACUUCAACCCCCAACAACACUGUAUGUACAAACACAAUUCAACCAAGGAGGCAGUCUCUUGUGCAUUUACCUUUUCACUGCAGUUAUACUAUACCAAUAUGUGCUUCACUUCCAAUCCAACAGAUACCUGUAUCACGGUGCUCACCAUCAUGUAAUCCUGGCUCUUCAAAAAAGGUGUCUAAUGUUUCCUGCUGCUACAGCUGCACCCCCUGUGAUGAAGGGUCCUACUCAGACAGAUAUGAUGAAGAUGACUGCCAUCCGUGCCCUAAUGACACUUGGUCUCUGAAGGGAUGGACUAGAUGUGAACCACGCACUGUAAAGUAUCUGCAGUGGUCUGGCCCAUAUCCCAUUGCUCUCCUAGUGGGAGUGGGCGUUGGGCUCCUGCUUCUCAUAAUAGUUUUUGUGUGUUUCAUUGUCUACCGGAACACCGUACUAAUCAAGUCCGCCAAUCUUCUCAUGUCUUGCUUCAUGAUGGUUGGUUUGGCGGUGAGUUUUGGAAGUGUGGUUCUAUUCAUGGAUGAACCCAGCAUCCACCUCUGCCGAGCCCAGCAGACCAUGUAUGCCUUGGGCUUCACCCUCUGUGUCUCCUGCAUCUUGGUCAAAGCUUUCCGCACGUUCCUGGCAUUCAUGGCUUUUGAUCCUGUGAGACACCAUCGUCUGAACAAGCUCUACAAGCCCCUGAUUAUUAUGGUCCUGGCGACCUCUGUUCAAGGGCUGGUCUGUGUGUUCUGGCUGAUCUAUGACACCCCUAAUGUGGAUCAGACUCCCCCAUCCAACCAGAGCAUGAUCCAUGUGCUGCAGUGCAGCGAGGGCUCCAGCGUGGGUUUUGGGGUGAUGCAUGGCUACAUCGCUCUGUUAGCACUCAUCUGCUUCCUGCUGGCCUUCAAAGGAAGGAAGGUGCCGCACGACUUCAGCGAGACCGGCAUCAUCAUCUUCAGCAUGCUUAUCCACUUGUUUGUGUGGCUCUGCUUCAUCCCCAUCUACAUCACCAAAAAUGAGUCACGCCCCAUCGUACAGGCCUCCGCCAUCUUAGUCUCCAACUACGGCAUCAUAUUCUGUCACUUCUUACCCAAGUGCUACCGAGCCAUUUGGGGCAAAAACACGACAGAGCGAAUCAGGGCUCGUCUACGCCAGUUUUCUGAGUCUAAAAAACGCGCCUCCGUAGACUCCGGCCUUAGCUCCCAAGACUUAGAGAUGGACCCCGGGUCACGCCGCUCCGUAAGCUUCGCCCUUCCCCCAUUCACUUCAUCAGAGUCCUUGACAGAUUCGGGGUUUCUGCCUACCAGUAGGCAUCUUUCCCUGACCUCUGCUUCUCCCCAGUCAACCAGUCCAUCAGCAGAAGACCCUUCGUUCAACCUGAGUCAUGCUGAUUCUGUCUUUGUUAUAACAGCACCUGAGGUCACACUGCUCUAGAGAGACCAGACAUGGCAAUAAGACAGAGACGGAGAAGCCGGAGAAGGUGUGUUUUAUGUCCAUAAUGUUUAUGUAAUGUUAUAUGUGUUGUUAUUCUGAUGAUAUUCAUCAGCAAUUUCAUAAUGAUAAUCAUCAGUUUAUUAGAGCAAAACACUGUUCCAUUGUUCUCUCAUUGUCUCAUAUCCUAUCGUAUACUAUGUGGUUGUUCUGACCUUUGGAAUUAUAUUAUAUGUAGUAACUUUUUUACUUUAGAAAAUACAUUUACUCUAAGAUACUUUUAAGUACAUAUUUGGGUGUAAAUUACAUGUAAUAUGGAUUUUGCUUUUAACCAGGUAUUAUAAAAAUAAUAUGUACAUUUAUAAUAAACUUAACUGAUUAAUA